AUGAAGGUUAAAAAGACGGAAUCUGCCGUUUUUUAUCUCUCCUUCGAGGUCUUAGCGACCUUAUUGGGAAAUAUUGCACGCCCCCUUUCCUUCCCACGUGGGCCAAGAUCGAUAUAUCGACCUUACCUACCGAGCGCUUUGACGGACAGUGGUGCCAGAUUCACCAUGGAGGCGUUUAUUAUUGAAGCGUUUACCUUGUUGGGAGUUGCGUUGGUGGUUGUUGGGAUGAGGACGUAUGUUAGGUUGACGACUGUGGGGAUUAAGGGGUUUCAGGCGGAUGAUUAUUUAAUGUUGGUUGCUGCGGGCGCGUAUACCGUGGAAACAUAUCUUGCGUACUCGGUGGGUGCGUUAUGGAAGGGGUUGGCGAAUAAUGCGAUGACGGAUGAGCAGAGACGUCUGCUUGAUCCGAACAGUGAGGAGUUUAGGUUGAGGGUCAACGGGUCCAAAACUCAGGUUGCUGGGUGGUCGACGUACACAUUUCUUCUGUGGACGAUCAAGGCGGCGAUAUGCACCUUCUAUCUUCGCCUGACGGAAGGGUUGGAAUAUCGCAAGCGCAUCUUCACGGGCUUCGUGUUGAUCUUCACCACCUGGGUUGCCGUCCUCCUGUCAAUAUUGCUGGGCUGCCGUCCUCUCGAGAGGAAUUGGCAAAUCUAUCCAAAUCCCGGCAAUCACUGUCAACCGGCCAUCUCCAACAUUGACAUCUUUGUAACUCUUGGGUUGAAUGUCUCCACAGACAUUUACCUCAUGAGCAUUCCCAUACCCAUGCUAUGGCGUGCUACCAUGAAACCGAUGAAAAAGAUUGGGCUCAUUGUGUUGUUUUCUGGUGGAGCAUUUGUGACGGUGGCAGGAGUGUUGCGAUGUAUCCUGAUUGUUACAGAUCCCAUCAACGGCGCUCAACAAGCAGGUUCCUGGGCCGUCCGGGAGACGUUUGUGGCUGUGGUGACUUCCAAUCUUCCCAUGUGUGUUCCCCUAAUUAACAGAUGGGGUCGACCAAUUUUGGGAAGCCUAAAGUCCCUCAAGUCAACAACGGGUAGGAUGACACGUUCUGGCCGUUCAGAUCCGAAGCAUGGAGCGUUCAGGCUUGAGGAUAAGAACCCGAGACGUGGAAUGGGGCCGAGGAGUGUCAAUCCUAUUACUGAGCUUACGAUAUCCGAGACGGAGCUGGCUGAGAUUCAGCACCAGGAGUAUUUUUGGAAUCCCAAUAAGGGUCGUCACGACCCAGAGAGCGGACUGGAUGGUGAGGGUACGAGCCCAGGUGGGUUGAUCUGGAAGCAGACAUCCCUCCAAGUGUCGGAGUCGAGAAAUUACCAUGGUCAUGGUGUGGAUGAGAUUGACUUUGGGGAUUAUUAUCUUGUGGAGCAAGCAAAGAAGAGCGCCGAGAUCAUGGCCACUUCGCCGACUGGAAGGAGUUGGAAGACUUCGAAUAACAACCGCCAGGAUCGACGAUCACCGUGA